ACUUAGCUAUUUCACAUUUUUAUGGCAGUAUAAUUUCCAACAUAGUAGUACAAAUUAAGCAAAACAAAUUAUACUAAAAAAAGGGGUUUUUUAUUGACCUAAAAUUAGGAUUUUGUUAAUCAAAGCUCCUAGAAUGGAAAAUGUAUACGUCACAUAACAAUAACACACUUCCCGGAAACAAUCAAUUUUAUAUUUUUAUUCAAUUCAUUCAUAUAAAAUCUCCAUAAAUAAAAAAAAUAAAAAUAAAAAUGGUGGUAUCUCAUGCAUGGCUUCUUUCCAUUGGAACCGUAUAAAGCUUACACGAGGAUCCCAUUUCCUCUCAUAUUAUGUUUAUGCUCUCUUCUUUUGCUUUUUUCUCUGCCACCCCAGAUUCUCUUCUUUUUUUUUUGACGCCCACUAAUUUAUAUUCGGUUCCCAAUUCUUGAAUGUUCUUCAAUUUUUCUGGGGUUUGAUCAAUUUUUCAACUUUUGUUGAAUUGAUCAAACUAAUUUACAGCAAUUUCUGGCGCUUUGACUCAUAGGAUUGAGCAUAUGCCUGGAAACAAGUAUAAUGGUAAUUCAAAUGUACCGUCGAGUAGAAUAUCCAGGCUACUUGAACUGAGGCAGUUAAAGAGAACAAGCAGGGCUAACAAUGAAUUCUCGGAUAACAAUAGCCCCGAGCCUGGUGGUGGGCAUGAUUUUUCGCAUGUAGAAAAAUACUUGGCAGAUGCUGUGGCUGGAAGUCCUACCCAAAGACUAUUAGUGGUUGCCAAUCGUUUACCAGUAUCUGCUGUUAGGAGAGGUGAAGACUCUUGGUCAUUGGAAAUUAGUGCUGGAGGGCUGGUUAGUGCUCUUUUAGGUGUAAAGGAAUUUGAGGCAAGGUGGAUUGGAUGGGCUGGUGUUAAUGUUCCGGAUGAAGUCGGACAAAAUGCUCUCACAAAGGCUCUUGCAGAGAAGAGAUGUAUACCUGUUUUUCUAGAUGAAGAGAUAGUGCAUCAAUAUUAUAAUGGUUACUGCAACAACAUAUUGUGGCCUCUUUUUCAUUAUCUUGGUCUACCUCAAGAGGAUAGGCUUGCUACCACAAGAAGUUUUCAAUCUCAGUUUGCUGCUUACAAGAAAGCGAAUCAGAUGUUUGCUGAUGUAGUAAAUCAGCACUAUGAAGAAGGUGAUGUUGUUUGGUGUCAUGAUUAUCAUCUCAUGUUCCUCCCAGAGUGCCUAAAAAAGCAUAACAGCAAUAUGAAAGUUGGAUGGUUUCUGCACACCCCAUUUCCUUCCUCUGAAAUCCACAGAACCUUGCCAUCUCGUUCAGAAUUGCUCCGUGCAGUUCUUGCUGCUGAUUUGGUUGGUUUUCAUACCUAUGAUUAUGCUAGGCACUUUGUUAGUGCUUGCACUCGUAUUCUUGGGCUUGAAGGCACACCGGAAGGUGUAGAGGAUGAUCAAGGCAGAUUGACCCGUGUGGCUGCUUUUCCUAUUGGGAUCGAUUCUGAUCGUUUCAUUCGAGCACUUGAAGUUCCUCAAGUUCAAGAGCAUAUCAAGGAAUUAAUGGAAAGAUUUGCUGGUCGGAAGGUAAUGCUAGGUGUUGAUCGGCUUGAUAUGAUAAAAGGAAUUCCACAAAAGAUACUCGCCUUUGAAAAAUUUCUGGAGGAAAAUCCUUACUGGCGGGAUAGAGUUGUUCUUCUCCAAAUUGCUGUUCCAACAAGAACAGAUGUUCCUGAAUAUCAAAAACUUACAAGUCAAGUUCAUGAAAUAGUCGGACGCAUUAAUGGGAGAUUUGGAACUUUAUCACGUGUUCCUAUACAUCAUUUGGAUCGUUCUCUGGACUUCCAUGCCCUUUGUGCUCUAUAUGCAGUGACUGAUGUAGCACUGGUCACUUCAUUGAGAGAUGGCAUGAAUCUGGUCAGCUAUGAGUUUGUGGCUUGCCAAGAUGAAAAAAAGGGUGUGCUCAUUCUUAGUGAGUUUGCUGGAGCUGCACAAUCUUUAGGAGCUGGAGCUCUUUUGGUAAACCCGUGGAAUAUCACAGAGGUAGCUGCUGCAAUUGGUAAAGCCUUAAACAUGUCAGAUGAAGAGAGAGAGAAAAGGCACCAAAUUAACUUUUUACAUGUUACAGAGCAUACUGCUCAGGAGUGGGCUGAAUUUUUUGUAAGUGAGCUGAAUGACACAGUUGUAGAGGCUCAAUUGAGGAUAACACAAAUUCGCCCUGUACUUCCAGUUGACUGUGCUGUGAACAAUUUCCUGAAUUGUAGCAAUCGACUACUCAUACUGGGAUUUAAUGCUGCCUUGACUGAAGCAAUUGAUACUCCUGGUAGAAGGGGUGGAGACCAAGUGAAAGACAUGAAUUUUAAAUUGCAUCCAGAGCUGAAUGGUCCUCUGAGUGUGCUGUGCAAUGACCCAAAAUCAACAAUCGUGAUCCUCAGUGGAAGUCGCAGAAUUGAUUUAGAUAAUAAUUUUGGGGACUAUGACAUGUGGUUGGCAGCAGAGCACGGGAUGUUCUUACGGCAUACAAGAAGAGGAGAUUGGAUGACAACAAUGCCUGAGCAUUUGAAUCUGGAUUGGAUUCCCAGUGUAUAUCAUGUAUUUGAGUAUUUCAAGGAAAGAACUCCUCGUUCGACUAUUGAGCUUCGUGAUACCUCCCUUGUAUGGAAUUACAAAUAUGCUGAUUUUGAGUUUGGAAGAUUGCAAGCAAGAGAUAUGUUGCAGCAUCUUUGGACUGGCCCUAUUUCAAAUGCAUCUGUAGAAGUUGUUCAAGGUAGUAGGUCUGUUGAGGUUCGACCAGUUGGUGUUACAAAGGGCUCUGCUAUUGAUCGCAUAUUGGGGGAGAUAGUGCACAGUAAACCAUUGAAAUCACCCAUUGAUUAUGUCUUAUGCAUUGGUCAUUUUCUGGAGAAGGAUGAAGAUGUGUACACAUUUUUUGAGCCAGAGCUUCCCUCUGACAAUGGGAACCACCCAAGAACGAAAGCAUUUGAUACUUCAAAGUUUCCUGAAAGACCACCACCAAAGCCUCCAGCCAAUAGAGGUGGAUCAAAAGCAUCACAUGGAAAGACUCAACGUUCAACCCCAAACUCAGAGAAGAUGACAAAUCAUAGCAACGGUGGGGUCUCACGGAAGCAAUCAUCAGAGAAGACCUCCUGGAACGUGCUGGACCUUAAGAAAGAUGACUAUUUCUCCUGUGCUGUGGGGAGAACUCGGACCAGCGCUCGUUACACAAUAGGAUCUUCAGAUGACGUCAUCUCAUUUUUAACAAGAUUAGCUGAAGCAUCUUUGUCCGUUUCAUGAACUUCAAAAUCCUGACCUUAUACCCUAGUCUCGAUUCUUUUAGUGCUGUUGAUUCUUGCUACCUAAAGGCAUAAUGAAUAAUUAGAAUGAUUGUAGAGCCUAGUACAAGGCAUGUCUGACAGUUCAAGAGUUGCUAACUGAUUCUAACAGUCAUGAAUUUCGAUUAUCAUCUUGUAUCAUGACGACUAUAACUCACACUAUUUGAUCAAUCUAUAUUAGAAAAGCACUUACCCCUA